CAGCCCCUUCAGUCCCAGCCCCUUCCAAUCCAAAGCCCAAGAGGCAGAAGCCAGCUGCCGUGACCAAAUCUAUGAUUGAGCGGUGUUUGCUGAAGGUGGUGCAGAUUUCCUGUGAUUGCCAGAAGCAGCGAGCGCGAUCAAGGCGUACACGAAGUUGCUUUGCCCCGUUCAAGGCAAAUAGUAGAGCCUUUCAUGACCUAGUGGCUUUGCGGUUUUCAUGGAGCAGUCUUCAUAAGCUGGAUGCUGACAACAAGGUGAUUGGUUUGCUCCGAGAGUGCUUGCAAAGAGUAAAUGAUGAGUCAGGGACGGGCAGGGUGAGAUUGACGUUUUUUGGGCAUCAGGUGUGCAGGCAGGCGCUGAGAAGCUUGUUGGGCCUGGGCUCAUCGCGUUGGAGACGGUUGUUGGGAUGCGCGAAACACAAGACUGAAGCUCCAAUGGAUGGACGCUCGCUACCCCGGAAGCAUGCACACCCAGAUGGUGACAAAGCGCUGAACCGACAACUGUGCUUGGAGUUCCUGGCUGAACUGCACCAGACCUUGUCAGAACCGAUGCCUGAAGUGAAGGGUCGUUUAAGAUGCCCCAAACUUCAAGCAUUUCGUCGCCAUCCUGGCAAACGUCCAAAGCGACCAAAGCAAUUCCCUACGCCUCCUUCAGGCCAGGUGGAGGAGAACUUGGAAUCAAUGCGAGUUUUGCCACCGGGCAGCUUCAGCGAUUACCUUUCAAUGCUCAGAACAAGGUACCCUGAACGGCGCAUCAGCUUGAAGCUAUUCUUGGCCGUUUGGUCAGAAAGCUUUCGCUCAAGGCUGAGCAUCAGAGAGAAAUCCAGACAUGCAGCCUGUUCAGUGUGCAUAAAGCACAGGCUGAUACUGAAGCAACUGACUGGUGAUCGUGUAGCACAUCAACGACAAACAGAGAUGUAUGGGCAGCACAUUGCUGCCCAAUAUCGGGACAGGUGCACCUACUGGGAGGCCCGGUCACUGUCACGCAUCAACCUGAUGCAGUCCGGAUCACGCUUCAUAUGCGUGAUUCUGGACGGUAUGGACAAGAGUAAAUUCCGACUACCCCGCUCCUUAUGCAUGGGAGCAAAGGAGUUCCAAACAUUUGCUCGGCCAGCCCUUGAUGUCCAUGCAUUACUGUGCCACGGGCAUGCAACAGGAGUCUUUUUGAGUGACCCGAUGGUACCAAAAGAUUCCAGUUGGUGCAUGGACCUCUUGUUUGGUAUGACGCACAAGAUCGGAGAGUUCCACGACCUUCGCUUCAUAAGCUUGGCAAUCCAAUGCGACAACGCCUCUAAGGAGGUAAAGAACAAUACGACCCUACGGGGUCUAGCGUACGUCAUCGCCAACAGGAGACUUUUUUCUGCAGAGGUUAGAUCCUUGAGGUCAGGACACUCACACGAAGACGUUGAUGGCUUCUUCGCACAGCUCAACGCAGUCCUGGAAGCUAGGAACGAGUUGCACACGCCUCAAGAAUUUCGCGAUGCAAUCGAUGGAUACUUGCAGCUUCCAACGACGCGCCCAGAUGAUUCCUCGAUCAAGUGCACGCAAGUCCUCAAUAGUGUGAGAGACUGGAAACCCUUUCUCCAGAUCAAGUGCUUGGGCAACCACCUGAAAGGGAUCGGGGGGCCAGCUGCCCCCCACACCUUUGUUUUGCAGAGAUUCAGCGAUACAGUUCGCAGGACACGCCAGUACAUGGCAGAUCCUUCAUACACAGGACGCCCGCUGCUGUAUUUGCCAGCAGUGCUUGCAAGACGGAUUGCGGCUGAAGAGCCCUUACCUCCACUUCGGGUUGCAGACCGAGAAAAAGAACCCAAAGUCCACGAGAAUUUGAUGAAGUUUGCAGGAAUCAUGCGGCAGCCGCCGUUUAACAUGGACAAAUGUGCGGACCACUUGGAGUCGCUGGUUCAUGGAACAGUAGAUCGUGGCGAGCCUUUGGACAUCGGAAGGACUGGUGUUGACAUGUGUUGAAGUUCCUUCAGCUGUAUCAAUUAUACAUUUUUCAGGAUUCUACCUACUGUUGGCCCUGCAGUGGGUCUUGGAUUGGCUGGGAGAGGCCAGCAGGCUGUCAGGUUGGAGCCAGAUAUGAACGAUAUGCAAAUCGUUUUCGAGCCAGUGUCCAAGACACACCUCGACAAAUACAAAGCGCGAAGAAGCCAGUACUACAUCUACCAAGCUGCCGCUGAGCUUUGGGCAGAGGGAAUGCCUUUUCAAAAGGCAGUCUCCAUCGUUUCCAAUGCCUUUCGAGCUGC